UAGACCUCCUCUAGACACCUCCUCUAGAGACCGCCUGCUCACCUGUGUUCCUGAGGUGACCUCCGAGGCGCGUCAUGAGGGUUCUGGUGCUCCUCCUGGUCUGGACCCUGGGGGUCGCCGUUGAUGGAGCUGCUGAGCGAGGAGGAGCUGGAAGAAGAAGAGGAGGAGGAGGAGGAGGAGGAGGAGCCCAGAAGAGGAGGAAGUGCAGCUACACCUUCGUCCUGCCGGAGCUGGGCGGCUGCAGAGGGGCGGCGCCGCCGGCCGGAGGGGGCGGAGUCCCGCAGAGAGACUCGCCGCCGGCCGAUUGGUCGACUCACAGACUGAAGACCUUGGAGAACGCCAUGGAGAACAACACGCUGUGGCUGCAGAAGCUGGAGACCGUCCUCCAGAGGAGCGCCGGCCCGCCCCACGCCGCACAGGACCGGAGCGCCGCCCUGCUGGAGGCGGGCAGCGAGCUCCUCACGCACACGGCGGAGCAGACCCGCCAACUCCACCUGGUGGAGGCCACGGUGCUGAACCACACAUCUCGGGUUGAGAUCCGGAUCCUGGAGAACUUCAUGUCCACCAGCAAGCUGGAGAAGGACCUGCAGAGGCAGACCUCCGAGAUCCACCGGCUGCAAGACCGGAACAGUCGGCUGGAGGGGGAGGUCCAGAGGAUGAAGUCCCAGCAGGACGGAGAGCUGGAGGACAUGAAGGAGGACGAGAGCCGGCUGCAGUCCGUCGUCACGACUCAGAUGGAGGCGCUCGGCUCUCUGGAGCAGCAGCUGAGAGUCGCCAGCAGCAACAACACGAGACUGAGGAGGCAGCAGGACCGGCUGGGGGCGCUCGUUAGCAUGGUGGCUAGUGCUACAGGGUCUCCUCCCAGGGGCCAGAUGUUCAGGGACUGUGCAGAUGUGUACAAAGCAGGGCACUCAGUCAGCGGUCUGUUUACCAUCUACAUCAACAACCCCACUGAACCUGUGCAGGGCUUCGGGGACGCGUUGGGGGAACACUGGCUGGGGAAUGAGCUGAUGCACCUCCUGACCAGCAGGGGGCAGUACUCCCUGAGAGUGGAGCUGAGGGACUGGGAGGGAAGCCCCGCCCACUUCCUGUACGACCGAGUCACACUGGCCAGUGAGAGUCAGCAGUACAGGUAGUACCUCAGAGGCUACAGUGCAGCAGCAGGGAGGCCGAGCAGCCUGGGGCCCCAGGGGACCGGGUUCAGCACCCGGGACCAGGACCACGACAACUGUGACCACUGCAAGUGUGCUCUGAUGCUCACUGGAGGUUGGUGGUUCGACGCCUGCGGCUUCUCCAACCUCAACGGCAUUUAUUACAGCGCCGGCCACAGGAAGCUCAGCGGCAUCAAGUGGCACCACUUCAGGGGCCCCAGCUACUCCCUCCGCUCCACCGCCAUGAUGGUACGACCCUACGACUUCUAACUACUCCCCUCCACCGCCAUGAUGGUACGACCCUACGACUUCUAACUACUCCCCUCCACCGCCA